UCUACUUCAGCUCACGGCUUCAGGGCCUGCAAGCGCCGCCCCCUUUCAGUCCCUGGCCCCGCCCACCGCCGAGGUCACAUGCUGCAUCCCGGAAGAAGGGGCUGCUGGGAGAUGUAGUUCUGGCGGGUUUACAGGAGCAUGUGGAGGGACGAUGAGCGCUGGAAGGGUGACCAGAAGCGGGAGGAAGAUACUGGGAGGGGGAAAGAGCCGGAAGGCUGAGCCCAAGGAGCAGGCGGCAGCCCAGGUUAAGGCCGGGUCCUCAAGAGCGGCAGGCGGUAAGAGACGGAUAGCGGUGGAAUAUGAGGCGGCGGACGGCAUGGACAAGAAGCUCAAGUGGGAACCGAAGAACUGGAGGAAACAACUGGAGAACAUCCGGCAGAUGAGGAGCGGCCGCGACGCCCCCGUGGAUCAGAUGGGGGCAGAAAAGUGUUUUGACCAGAAGGCAGAGCCGCAGGUGAUGCGCUACCAGGUUCUGCUGUCCUUGAUGCUGUCCAGCCAGACGAAGGACCAGGUGACCUCAGCAGCCAUGACCAGACUAAAAGAACAUGGCCUGACUGUGGGCAGGAUCCUGGAGACCGAUGAGGAGACGCUGGGGAAACUCAUCUAUCCUGUGGGAUUCUGGAAGAACAAGGUGAAAUACAUCAAGAAGACGACGGAGAUACUUCAGGAGCAGUACGGCGGUGACAUUCCCGAUAAUGUAGCAGAGCUGGUGAAGCUUCCUGGGGUGGGACCUAAAAUGGCUCAUCUGAUUAUGGACAUUGCCUGGAACAAGGUGUCUGGGAUUGGUGUGGACACUCAUGUACAUCGUAUUUCCAACAGACUGAAGUGGGUGAAAAAAGAAACCAAGACCCCUGAAGACACUCGUGUGGCCCUCGAGGACUGGCUGCCAAGAGAUCUCUGGAGCGAAAUCAAUUGGCUACUAGUCGGUUUUGGGCAGCAGGUUUGCCUCCCUGUGUCCCCCCGGUGCUCUGACUGCCUAAACAGAGACAUCUGUCCUGGGGCAACUAAAAAGAAGUGAUGGAGGUGAAUCGUCUUGGAUGCCACGAGUUCAAAAAGAUUCCAGUUACUUACAUUUACAAGGGGACGUCAGUAAGUUAACAUCGGGGGCCAGUAGGACCCUCAGAUAUUAGCCAAAUGUGCCACUUGCUCUGGAAGGCCAAACACAAGGAGCCCAUUGAUUUUAAUGAAAACUGUGAUGCCUUAUUCUCCCUGUGGGGGCGCUGCAGGCUGAUAGAACAGUUGCUGCCAUGUCUCUCUACAGAGAUUGCUGGUGGUCCUCGCCUUUAGCAAAAAGGGAUCAUCCGGAGAGGACAAUUUAGGCCGGGUUCACAUCUGCAUUAGGUCUCAUCCUUCACACGAGCGUGACGGAUUAGGUCCGGGUGCGUUCAGUGAAACUUGCACCAUUUUGCAAGCAAGUUCAGUCA